CAGAGAGCUAAUUGAUGAAAGACGCCAUGCCAGUGCUCUCGGCAGGAACAGGGUUGCAUGAGACGCUGGCCCUGCUGACCUCUCAGCUGCGUCCAGAUGCCAACCACAAGGAGGACAUGGUGUUCCUCAGAGAUGUGUUCAGUGAAAGGAGUCUCAGCUGUCUCAUGAAGAUUCAUGAAAAGCUGCGUCAGUACGAGUGCCAGAGCCCCAUUCCAGUGCUCCACAGCGCCUCCUCUCUGGCUGAAGACGUUGCUGAGGAGCUGCAGAGCGGCCCCAUGAGUGUUGAGGAGAAAGAACUGCUUCACCUACUGAUGUCACCUCAUUUACAGGCACUGUUGUCUGUUCAUGACACGGUGGCUCAGAAAAACUUUGACCCCGUGCUGCCUCCACUUCCUGACGACUUUGAUGACGAGCUGGAUGAAGAGUCGGUCAAGAUCGUCCGUCUGGUCAAGAACAGAGAGCCUCUGGGGGCCACCAUCCGGCGUGAUGAGGCUACAGGAGCCGUCAUUGUAGCACGAGUUAUGAGGGGAGGAGCUGCGGACAGAAGUGGUCUGGUGCAUGUGGGUGAUGAACUGAGAGAAGUCAACGGCAUUUCCAUAAUGCACAAACGACCUGAUGAGAUCAGCCAGCUACUGUCGCAGUCUCAAGGCUCGAUUACUCUCAAGAUCAUCCCAGCUAUUAAAGAAGACGACAAGCUAAAGGAAAGCAAGGUCUACAUGCGAGCUCUGUUUGAUUACGUCCCUUUGGAGGACAAGGCAACACCCUGUCAGGAGGCCGGGUUACCAUUUAAGUGUGGGGACAUCCUGCAAGUGGUGAGUCAGGACGAUAGCACCUGGUGGCAGGCAAAAAGAGUCGGGGACAGUAACCUGCGCGCCGGACUCGUCCCGUCCAAACAGUUCCAGGAGAGGCGGUUGGCUUAUAGACUUAAAAUGGGAACUCUGCAGAGCCCCAAAUCACCCAAACAACCCGCCUAUGACCAGGGAUGUGAAAAAGAGGACUGUGACUGUGAGGGCUAUUUCAAUGGACACUACAUAGCUGGUCUGAGAAGGAGUUUUCGUUUAAGCCGUAAGGAUCGCCGAGGCUCUUCAGGAGAGGCCAGUGCAUCUGACCCCGGCGAUUCAGAGUUCGUCACCUACGAGGAGGUGACACGAUACCAACAACGACCCCAUGAGAGGCCUCGGCUUGUGGUGCUCAUCGGUUCUCUCGGAGCACGAAUUAAUGAGCUGAAGCAGAAAGUCAUAGCAGAAAACCCUCAUCGAUAUGCUGUUGCUGUUCCAUACACAACACGUCUCAAAAAGAGCCAUGAGAAAGAGGGGGUGGAGUACCAUUUUGUCUCUAAGCAGGCCUUCGAAGCUGAUGUUCAGAAUAACAAGUUUAUUGAGUAUGGUGAAUAUAAAGAGAACCUGUACGGCACCAGUAUAGAGGCCAUCCGCUCAGUCCAAGCCAAAAACAAGAUGUGUCUGGUGGACGUGCAGCCAGAGGCGUUACACACUUUGCGCACUGCUGAGUUUAAGCCCUACGUGAUCUUUGUAAAGCCACGGAUACCCGAGAGUCGCAGGCGGCGCAGCGCAUCUUCACCUGGAGGAGGAGAACACGGACGAUUCACGGAGGAGGACGUGCAGGAGAUGCGUCAGUCAGCGCAGCAGAUCGAGCAGCAGUACGGACACUUUGUGGAUCUCGCCCUGAUUAAGGAGGAUUCCUCGAGUGCCUGUUCUGAACUGCGCUCUAUCCUCGAGCGGCUGGAGAGAGAAAUCUUUUGGGUGCCACUCGGCUGGGUCAGGAACUAACACCCUCCGUUAUCAAAAUGUGAACUUGAUCAAUUCGAGUCACUAUGAUGGAGAGAGAUGCUGGACUUCUCUUUGCUGCUGAUGUCCAUCUGUGGAGGAUGAGAGAUGAGAAGACUGAUGGACACGUCUGCAAAAACGUCAGAACUUAAAGAGAUUUGACGUGUGGUUGUGAGUGUUUUUCUUGGAGAAGGGAAUUAAUGAAAUGAAUCUCUGUGCAGACUUUCCUACUUGGCUUGGGAAGAUUUGAGAACUCUACCGUGUACAGAUUACCUAAAUGAUUCAUAUGCACCAUGGCUGCUUCCUUUAAAUAGUUUAUUUAAAUUAUGUUUUUGGAUGACUGUUCAUUUGUUUAUUUAUUAAUUUAGAGCAUUUAUUUUCAUGAUGAUGUAUUUUCAUAUCAUGCCAUCCACUGUGUUGAACAAAAUGAUACUACAUACACACUUAUACUUACUGCUGACCUUCUAGAUUACUUAGUGUAGCUUUCAUACUGAAUGCACCAUGACAGCUAAACACCUUUACGUUUCAUCUCCAAACUUUAAACUUUGAAUAAAGUCUGAUGUUGGCAUG